GGCAACUGCCAAUUUUCUGGGUAAUCAGUGUUAAGCUUAGAAUACAAGCAGAUCCAUGGCAGUCUCCGUCUCUGUCUCUGAAUCCUUAAGGUCAGUUCUGAAAGGUUCCCCUUGUGACGUAGGCCAAGAAGAAUAUCGCGUUGUUCACUUAGCAAGAAAGGGUGAUAAUAAAUGGGAUAAGCUGCCCGUGGACCAGAUCUACAAGGAACCAUUGCUCUCUGGGCUUAACUUUCUGAGUAACUACAAAAUUAAGUCAGUAAAGGAAGAAUUUCAUUUUACAGACAAACAACAUGAUGUUUAUUUGCUAACCAGAGAAGAUAUAAGAAGGCACAAGAAAAAGUAUGACUUUUUGCACAUUGGACUUGUGCAAGCUCUUGUUUUUCCAUUUCAUUCAGCAGGUAUUGAUCACAGAAUCAUGGCGUGCCUGCGAGACGCGAAGCACCCAAACAUGGAAAACUCAAUCUUAGCAGCUUUUGAGAUCAACUUGUCUUAUGGUGACAUGGAGUUCAAUUGGUUCCCCAAUUUCUCAGUCUCUUUGUCUGACCUAUUGAACUCAAAUGGGUUGGUCAUAACUGUGGAGCCAAAUGACAUUGGGUGUCUUGACGGUACCAUUACGUUUGGGAUUUCCUACAGAAUGUGUUACAAACUGAUGAAGGGGUGUCUUCAAAAGUCUUGACGGUACCAUUACGUAUUGUUUAAAAUUAGUCCAUUUUUACGGAGUUAACUGGCCAUUAAUCUCCAAUUAUUCGGGACAAAUUUUAAACGGAGCGUAGCGUAACGGACGUGUUAAUGGCUAAUUAAUCACCAUUAACACACCACUAAUGCCAUGAUUAAUUCAAUGGGUUAAUGGUGUAGGAGUUGUAACUUUUUAAACUCCUUUAUUAUAAAAAUCAAAGGCUCUCUCAUUUGUUUGGUGUGUGCCUUGCGUGAGGAAAAGAGGAAAAAGAGAAAACACUUUAUUAUUUUCUUUUAGAGAGAGCUCUUGAUUUUCCGGCCAAUUUUUCCGGCAACCCUUUUAAAGUUUUUGGUCGCCAACGUUCCUACGUUGUUCUUGUUCGUUGGUGUGUGGUUGGUCCGUACAAUCUCCACACACGAUAGCGGUUUUAUCCUGGGAGGAGAGUGCCCACGUUUUUCCGAGAGCAUCCAUACGUGGGAAGUAAAAGAGGAGAAGGAAAAAGUUAACAAUUUUGUCCUUGUUUAACUUUGAGGAGAGCUCUUGGUUUUCUUGCCAAUUUUUUCCGGCAAUCCCCUUCAAAGUUUUUUUUUGGUCGCCAACGCUCCUACGUUGUUCUUAUUCCUUGGUGUGUGGUUGGUCCGUACAAUCUCCACACACGAUAGCGGUUUUAUCCUGGGAGGAGAGUGCCCACGUUUUUCCGGUACGGUAGGCGGGCACUACUACCUUAAGGACAGCUCCGGCGACUCCGCUGUCCUUCACGGUGUUUUGUUUUGCAGGUUUAGUUCAUAAAGACCUCGCUGCAUUCUGCCCUAGUGCAUAAUGUCCUCGCAGCUCAGUGCAUAAUGUCCUUGCUGUCCAGUGC